AUGACUACGUUUGACAUCGACGAGCGCCUUUUCGAGGACCUGAAAGGCAAAGUGGUAAUAAUCACGGGAGCAAGCAGCGGCAUUGGCCUGGCCACUUUGAAGUUUUUGAUUUCCCAUGGGGCCCGAGCGGUUGCAGCGGAUAUCAAUCCCCUUCCGCCAGACAUUGAAGGGGCAGAUUUCCGAAAGACGAACCUGACGUCCUGGGCGGAACAGGUGGCGUUGUUCGACGAAACCGUGAAAAGGUACGGUCGGAUAGAUAUCGCGGUUCUCAACGCCGGGGUCGGUGAGAUUGAGAACGUAUUCGUCGACAACGUCGACGCCAAUGGAGCCUUGGUGGAACCGGAUUUCACAGUCCUCAAGGUCAACUUGAUAGCCCCGAUCGUGGGCACCAAGCUUGCGAUUCAUCACAUGAGGAAGCAACCGGGCGGUGGGUCGAUUGUCAUUACUGGAAGCGGUAAAGCCUGGACGGGCGUCGGGGGCACGCCAAUGUAUGCUACCGCCAAACAUGGGGUUCUUGGCCUUGUGCGGACCUUGGGCCCGGAUCUGCGUCGAGUCAACGUGCGGAUUAAUCUGAUGUGUCCUUUCUGGACCGACACGGGCAUCAUCCCGCCGGACUUGCUGGCCAAAAAUGCCAGCGCGAAGCGAUCAAUGCAGCCUCCCAGCGCCUGUGCACGCGCAAUUGCGCACUUGGGCAUGGACCCGAGCUGCUCGGGCAAAGUCAUCUAUGUGGCGUCGUCAACGUACACAGACGUUGACGCGGGAGUGAUGGCUACGCGCCCACUGUGGCUUGGGCAGCGGAAUCACGAGGAUCGCGUGGUAUGGGAGGAAGAUCCAUCCAACGCCGAGUUCAGCACCCCGCUCUGA